GAAUCCCCUGUUCACUUUCCCUUCUUCUCCUCUCCAAUCACAAGAUUCAUGUAGCAGACCUACCAAUUACCAUUGAUUACUUUAAAAGAAAAGGAGCAAACCAGAGUUUUUGUCUUGAUUCUUUGAACAAAGUUCUGGGAGAACAGUUAACCAAGAACUUGAAGCUCCUCUGAUUCACUGCCUUGAAUUUGAUGCUUCAAAAGUUAUUUCUUGGCAAUAAAAUAAAAUAUAACGGUGCCCCAUUUCUUGUCUUUAAUUCACGUACAAAGUAACGGACGUUUGCUCCCUCCAUCAAAAGAGUUAAGCACAAAUCCAAAGAGAAUACCCACCAGCCAUCGCGCAAGCUGAGAUCUUUCUUUUAACCUGAAUGCUCUUGCCUUCUCGUCCACUUCACUAGCUUAAAUUAUGCACUUUGAUUGACAGAAGGGCUACUUUCUUCACCAGUUUCUUAGAUUCCCACCUAGUUUUUCUGCUAUUGUUUGAUGCAUUAUGUGAAGAUGAUGGAGAAACCAAUAAUCAGAAAGUGCUGCAACAAUCAACUCUGGUUGGUCAUUCUCAUCUCCUUUGUUUUAUGCUUUGUUUUGCUCUGCUUUGAUUAUUCAGCUUUAACUGGAAACCAAGAUGGGGUCACUGCUGUUUUGGUCAGUAAUUAUGAAAAUCCAAUCACCACCCAUAAAUCAGAAUCCCUUCAGUUCACUACUAGUCUCAAUGAAACCCUCAUUAGACCGAACAGAACAGAUUUUAUUACCAGACAACCUAGUAAAGAUCAGCAAAGUGUGAAAGAGAAGCCAGUUGCAGAUUCUUGUUCAGGUGAGUACAUUUAUAUUCAUGAUCUUCCUAGGCGGUUCAACCAAGAAUUGAUUGAGAGUUGCGAGUCAAUCACUGUUGGGACUGAGCGUAAUAUGUGUCCUUACCUGGUUAACUCUGGUCUUGGUCACGAGGUAGAGAAUUUUGAAGGGGUUUUGUUAAACAAAAGUUGGUACGCAACAAAUCAGUUCUCGUUAGCAGUUAUUUUCCACAACAAAAUGAAGCAGUACAAGUGCUUAACCAAUGAUUCUUCACUUGCAUCAGCUAUUUAUGUACCGUUUUAUGCUGGUCUUGAUGUUGGUAGAUAUCUUUGGGGUGUUAAAGCAUCAAUAAGAGAUCAAUCUUCUUUUGAUUUUGUCAAGUGGAUGGUUUCACAACCUGAGUGGAAAAAAAUGUGGGGUAGAGACCAUUUCUUGGUUGUUGGGAGGAUUUCAUGGGAUUUUAGGAGACAAACUGAUAACGAAUCUGACUGGGGCAGCAAGCUUAGGUUCUUACCGGAAUCAAACAACAUGUCAAUGUUGUCAAUUGAGUCUAGUUCCUGGAACAAUGAUUAUGCUAUACCAUAUCCAACUUGUUUUCAUCCCUCAAAAGACAGUGAGGUACUUCAAUGGCAAGACAAAAUGAGAAGGCAAAAAAGGCCUUACUUAUUCUCAUUUGCUGGUGCUCCAAGGCCUGAUCUACAAGAUUCGGUCCGGGGCAGGAUCAUUGAGGAAUGCCAAGCUUCAAAGAAUUUGUGCAAAUUGCUAGAGUGUAGUUACGGUGUUAAUGGUGCCAUCACUUGUGAUAAUCCAGGCAAUGUGAUGAGGUUGUUUCAAAAUUCAGUUUAUUGCUUGCAACCUGCAGGGGAUUCAUACACUAGGCGAUCGAUAUUUGAUGCUAUUUUAGCAGGUUGCAUUCCAGUUUUUUUCCAUCCGGGUACUGCCUAUGCCCAAUAUAAAUGGCAUUUACCACAGAAUUACAGCAAAUACUCCGUGUUUAUACCAGUGAAAGAUGUUAAAGAUUGGAAAGCUGGUAUCAAUGAGACACUGCUCCGAAUUCCCGAGGAAAGAGUGAUGUCUAUGAGGGAGGAGGUUAUAAGGCUCAUUCCAAGCAUAAUAUAUGCAGAUCCAAGGUCAAGAUUGGAGACCUUUGAAGAUGCAUUUGAUUUAGCAGUUAAGGGAAUUCUUGAUAGAAUAGAUGGAGUUAGGAAGGUAAUUAGAGAUGGGGGUGAUCCUAGUUCUGGUUUUGCAGAUGGGGAUGAUUUCAAGUAUACAUUUUCUGGGUAUCGAGGAGAAACUUGAAGGAGUUUCAAUUCAUUGUAAUAUGAAUUUAUUAGUCCAUGUUCUUUGGCAAUGGCUAGCAAGCAAGCAUGCUUACAUACAUACUCAUUUACUCAAAAUUCCAUAUAGUUCUUCACUGUUUGUUGCCUAUGGUAUGAUAAUUAAUCAUUAUUUAAUGUCAUUGAACUGUUUGCAA